UCCCGUCCGGACCAGUGCCAGCUGCAGCCUCGCUUCAGCGUCCGGUGCCAGCUGGCUCUUUCGUCUGGGACUAAGGCGGAGGCUCGGGGCUCCCUGUCGCUGGGGGGGCUACGCCCCCAGCCCUUUACUCGCCCAAGAGGAGCUUCUCCACCAAACCCUGCUUCUUGCUGCCCCGGCAGCCGGUCCGGCUAGGAAUUGGUCCUGUUCACUGCACCCGGACUUACUGCCAGCACCCCUCAGCACCUCUCCAGCACCCCUUAUCAGAGCUGACCGGGCUCCCUAGGGACCCCCAAGCUUUUUGCUAGAGCCUGCACAGCUGUGCGAGCUUCAGAAGGAACAUGAAGGUGGGCUGGCCAGGUGAGAGCCGCUGGCAGGUGGGGCUGGCUCUGGAGGAGAGCCCAGCCCUGGGUGCAUCGCAGGUGGGAGGCCUCCCUGACGUGGUGCCGGAGGGGACGCUGCUCAACAUGGUGUUAAGGAGGAUGUACCGGCCCCGAAGCUGCUCCUACCAGCUGCUGCUGGAGCACCGGCGUCCGAGCCGCAUCCAGGGGCUUCGCUGGACGCCACUCACCAGCAGCGAGGAGUCCCUGGAUUUCAGUGUGAGCCUGGAGCAGGCCUCCACAGAGCGGGUGCUCAGGGCUGCGAAGCAGCUGCAUCGGCACCUCCUGGCCACCUGCCCGAACCUCAUCCGUGACCGAAAGUACCAUCUUCGGCUCUACCGGCAGUGCUGCUCUGGCCGGGAGCUGGUGGAUGGCAUCUUGGCUCUGGGACUUGGGGUCCACUCCCGGAGCCAAGCCGUGGGAAUCUGCCAGGUGCUGCUGGAUGAAGGUGCCCUCUACCAUGUGAAACACGACUGGACCUUCCAGGACCGAGAUGCCCAAUUCUACCGGUUCCCUGGGCCAGAGCCUGAGCCCACGGGAGCUCAUGAGAUGGAGGAGGAGUUGGUGGAGGCUAUGGCCCUGCUCUCCCAGCGGGGGCCCGAUGCCCUGCUCACUGUGGCACUCCGAAAGCCCCCAGGACAGCGCACAGACGAGGAGCUGGACCUCAUCUUUGAGGAGCUGCUGCACGUCAAGGCUGUGGCCCACCUCUCCAACUCGGUGAAGCGGGAGUUAGCUGCAGUUCUGCUCUUUGAGCCCCACAGCAAAGCAGGGACCGUGCUGUUCAGCCAGGGGGACAAGGGCACCUCGUGGUACAUUAUCUGGAAGGGAUCUGUCAACGUGGUGACCCAUGGCAAGGGGCUGGUGACCACGCUGCACGAGGGAGAUGACUUUGGACAGCUGGCUCUGGUGAACGACGCACCCCGGGCGGCCACCAUCAUCCUGCGAGAAGACAACUGUCAUUUCCUGCGUGUGGAUAAGCACGACUUCAACCGAAUCAUCAAGGACGUGGAGGCAAAGACCAUGCGGCUGGAAGAACAUGGCAAAGUGGUGCUGGUGCUGGAGAGAGCCUCUCAGGGCGCUGGCACCGCGCGUCCCCCAACCCCAGGCAGGAACCGGUAUACGGUGAUGUCCGGCACACCCGAGAAGAUUCUAGAGCUUCUGCUGGAGGCCAUGCGGCCGGAUUCCAGUGCUCAUGACCCCACAGAAACAUUCCUCAGCGACUUCCUCCUGACCCACAGCGUCUUCAUGCCCAGCGCCCAGCUCUGCGCUGCCCUCCUGCACCACUUCCACGCGGAGCCCGCGGGGGGCAGCGAGCAGGAGCGCAGCACCUACAUCUGCAACAAGAGACAGCAGAUCCUGCGGCUGGUCAGCCAGUGGGUGGCCCUGUAUGGCUCCAUGCUCCACACCGACCCCGUGGCCACCAACUUUCUGCAGAAACUCUCAGACCUGGUGAGCAGGGAUGCGAGGCUCAGCAACCUGCUGAGGGAGCAGUGGCCGGAGCGGCGACGGCACCACAGGUUGGAAAAUGGCUUUGGCAACGCAUCUCCUCAGAUGAAGGCCCGGAAUGCGCCUGUUUGGCUCCCCAGCCAGGACGAGCCCCUCCCCAGCAGCAAUUGUGCCAUCCGAGCUGGGGACAAAGUCUCCUACGACAUCUGCCGGCCAGACCACUCGGUGCUGACCCUGCAGCUGCCUGUGACGGCCUCGGUGAGGGAGGUGAUGGCAGCCUUGGCCCAGGAGGACGGCUGGACCAAGGGGCAGGUGCUGGUGAAGGUCAAUUCUGCAGGCGAUGCCACUGGCCUGCAGCCAGAUGCCCGUGGUGUGGCCACAUCCCUGGGCCUCAACGAGCGGCUCUUUGUUGUCAACUCACAGGAAGUGCAUAAGCUGACCCCACACCCCGAGCAGCUGGGGCCCACUGUGGGCUCGGCUGAGGGGCUGGACCUGGUGAGCGCCAAGGACCUGGCAGGCCAGCUGACGGACCACGACUGGAACCUGUUCAACAGUAUCCACCAGGUGGAGCUGAUCCACUACGUGCUGGGCCCCCAGCAUCUGCGGGACGUCACCACCGCCAACUUGGAGCGCUUCAUGCGCCGCUUCAAUGAGCUGCAGUACUGGGUGGCCACAGAGCUGUGUCUCUGCUCCGUGCCCGGCCUGCGGGCCCAGCUGCUCAGGAAGUUCAUCAAGCUGGCGGCCCACCUUAAGGAGCAAAAGAAUCUCAAUUCCUUCUUUGCCGUCAUGUUUGGCCUCAGCAACUCCGCCAUCAGCCGCCUAGCCCUCACCUGGCAGCGGCUGCCGCACAAAGUCCGGAAGCUGUACUCCGCCCUCGAGAGGCUGCUGGACCCGUCGUGGAACCACCGGGUGUACCGACUGGCCCUGGCCAAGCUCUCCCCGCCCGUCAUCCCCUUCAUGCCCCUCCUUCUCAAAGACAUGACGUUCAUCCACGAGGGCAACCACACACUAGUGGAGAACCUCAUCAACUUUGAGAAGAUGCGCAUGAUGGCCAGAGCGGCGCGGAUGCUGCACCACUGCCGAGGCCACAGCAGCGUGCCUCUCUCACCGCUCAGAAGCCGCGUUUCCCACCUGCAUGAGGACGGCCAGGCGGCGAGGAUCUCCACGUGCUCGGAGCAGUCCCUGAGCACCCGGAGUCCAGCCAGCACCUGGGCUUAUGUCCAGCAGCUGAAGGUCAUCGACAAUCAGCGGGAACUGUCCCGCCUCUCCCGGGAGCUGGAGCCGUGAGGAAGGGGCUGGGGCUGGGGCUGGAGCAGGCACUUCCCGCCGGGAAAGCCGGGGCGCGCCAGGCCAAGAGGCCUGCAGACUGGCCUCGGCUGGGCAGGGCUCUCCGCAGAGUGGACUCGAGGCCCUGGAGUGGGCGGUGUGGAGGCAGCUGUCCCCCGUGAUGACUGGUGGCUAAGGAGGACUUCAGAGUGGACCUCAGCUGCAGCCCAGGGCUAAGGAAACGGGGCAGAGAGGCCCUGGGAGUGGGUGGGGAAGCCGUGUUCAAUAGAGAGCUCUCCACACCAGGAUCCUUCCAGAUUCUGAGCCUCUGGCUCUGUCGUCCAGCGUGGCCAGGCCCCCAUGGUUUGCUUUCACAGUGGGCAGAGAGAGCUAGCGACUGCAUGUGUGUGGCAUGUGUGUGGCAAGGGCCAGGGCCUUGGUCCGGGAGGGCUGUGGGGGCGGGGCGUCCUGUUUUUCUUUCCAGAGCAUCUGAGAUAAGCAGCUGGGUGUGGGCAGGGCUGCAGCUGGGGAGUGGUGGUCCCUGAGGAACUUUCCUGUUACCCCAGUUGACAAAGUAUGUGUGUUCUGAGGCCAGCCCCAGGGCGUGUGGCGGAGAGGCGAGACCCUGCUCCGCUGGAAGCUGACAGAGCACCCUCACCCCGCCCCACCGCGUGUGGUCCCUGGGACCAAGGCAGCGCUCCAAAGUGGCUGAGCACUGCCCAGAUGUGCCUCCUGGCCCGGCCUCCGGGUGGCUGGAGCCCCUCAGCGCGGCCGGGUAACCAGCAGUGCAGACCAGAUGCAUCUGGCCUCGUCCACCUCCUCUCUCCAAUCCCUGCUCCCCUGCCCUGAGCACAGCCUGGCCUGCUGGGUGGUGCUCAGCUGACUGGGGGGAUGGGUGGCCACUGGCAGAGAAGACACCGAGGCUUCCCAUCGCUUGCUGAGGCUCGAGAGGCUUCUAGGAAAUCAGGAUUUGUCACCUGUGAUGAGAAGGUCCCAGCACCCUCCUUUAGGGUGAAGUCGUCUCUUCCCUGCCCCUACAGCGUGUCCCCUGGGAACCAGCUGCUGCCAGGACCCCGCCUGCCAAACUCCGGGCAAGAACUCUUCCCCCUCUGCUCUCUGCCCCGGAGCCUGGCAGCAGGAGCGCGCUGCCUGCCUGAGAGACGCAGACCCAUGGCCGCUCUCUGAGUAGGAGUGGACGCAGCAGGCCCACAGCUGGAGGAAGAGCAGGUGCUGGGACGGCCCCUCCACUCGUGCUCAGCACACACCCCUGCCUCCUCUCACCUGCACCCUGCCAGACUCCUCUCAGCCCCGCAGAAGUCAUGGAUGCACGUGCCAGCUGUUUCCAGACAGGGCCGGAGCCCUUAGCAGGGAGGAAGCGCAGCUGGGAUUAUACCUCACGUUUCUGAGCGAGUCAGCGAACAAUUCUCUGCCUUCAUUCUUCCAUCUGUAACUGGGUGUGAUGAUCCCCAUCCGGCUUAGUGACCAACCGGUGAAACUGCAGCUCCUGUUUCUGCACAGCUCCGUGUCCAGGCCUGGUGGAGGGGCGGCUUUGCCUUGGGUGAAGGCCGAGGGAGCAGCUGACAUGGAGCAGGUGGCACCGGUAGCCAAACCAGUUCCCUUGCCAUGGGUGGGGGUAGAGGAUCAUGGGGCACGGAAGCUUCUGGAGCUGAGCAAUCAGGACAGGAGGCUCAAGCCUUGGUGAGUCAGGAGUCCAAGGACUUUCUUCUCUUCUGAGCCCAUUGUCUGUUGGUGUCUCGCAAAGGCCACAUCAGCCAGGCGGCCGGGGCCUGCGCCAUUCCUCCAGACUGCAGGGUGAGCCCAGCCCAGAGACCGACAGAAGCCAAGCACGACGGGGCUGGUGCCCUACUCCAGUGCUCCUCCUCUUCUCUGGCCACAGCUGCGUCCCGAGGGAACUGGGCUGCACCACCUUGCAACCCCCCAGCUGCCCCAGUCUCUUGGGCAGGACACCUUGUGAGCCUGUGGGGAGAGGCCUUGCCAGGACAACUGUACCCAGGGCAGGCGAGAGGACAUAGACUCCGGGAGCAGGAAAAGCUGGGGCUCAGGGCACCCCAAGAAGACAGGAGGCCCAGGAGGGGAGGGGAAGAUGCCACUUUAUGGUGGCUUCGUGCUUAGACAGCUGUGCUGUCUCCUGUCUCCCAGACCACCCAGGCAUGGGGCAGGGCAGGGAGGGCCUCUCAGGUUCCCUAGCAGCACAGGAGUUCAUGGGACUGCUGAGAGGAAGGUGUGAGGCAAGGGAUUGUGGCCUGAGGUCAGUCCUUUAAAGAUCUCUGUCCCCUAAAAGGGGUAAGGAGAGAGGGAAUGGGGGUGUAUGUGGGUGUAUGUACUCUAUGGAAGACAAUAGCAUGGGGGGUCGCUCUUAUGCACACACGUCUCCCUCUCCUUUCCCCCUUGCCCUUAGCUUCCCUGUGAAGGCCCUGGGAAGGCUGGGGCCAGGGUGGGCCCUAACAGUGGGGCGCAUACCAGGAGGGUCACACCUCUCCAGCAGACAGGGUGGAGCUGCUGGGAAACGGGACCCUCAGGCUGCUGCAGCCUCUCCCAGGAGCCAGCGCUCCCCGCCCCAUCUGAGCAGGAGGACAGACUCCGCCUGCAGAUCCAGCACCAACCCCUGCCAUUCAGCACUGGGAGCACCUCACGGGGGUGGCGAGCUGGUGGGGGCCCACCUGCUUUCACACUCCUGAUGCACUGGCCUCUGGCUGCUCUACCUCUCAAUAGUCACAGGAUUUAUGGCAAUAAUAGUAAACGAACAUUCAAACAGUG